AAAAAGAGAGAGAGCGAGAGGGAGAGAAGAACACAAAAACACACACAAGCAGCUCAGUCAUAACUGUGGGAUGAUAAGGACUCCACCAACACCACCUCUUUUGACUUUUGGAGCGAGCUAAGCCGUUAGGAGAGCGCUCAGCGUCAGCUGUUCAACACUGGGCUCUUAUUGCUGGAAGCCGGGGCUGAAUCAGUCACAUGACAGAACCGGAGGCUGAGAUCUAGAGAGAAAAGGCACAGCAUUUCGGCUCGCACCGCCAUACUGUAUUUUGAGCCAUAUCACAUUUUUAUUGCAACAUUUUACUCCCGCUCGGUGAGUACAUUUCCACUGGCUUUUUUUGUAAGCAUAUUUUUGUCUUUUUAAUUGCCCCCUCCUUUUUUUUAUUUUUCCUCCUUUUGCUGGUGUUUGAAUUGAGCGUUGACAUGGUGGUUUUGAGCGUUUUUCCACAUCCCAGGCUUCAAGUUUUUAGCAUGCAGUUAUUCUGAUCGAGAGUGCCAAGAGGGUAAACGGGUACCUUGUCGGUCUUGAGGAGGCUUUUCCUUGCUUGCAGUUUUGUUUCGAGGGUCGAAACCAAGCAGGUUUUGUCAGUGUUGAGAUUUUUCACAACAUUUAUUGGUGGUUUUGGAAGAUUUUUGUUUUUAUUUUUUAUUUUUGUGUUUGUUUUCUGUCGACUUUUGCUGUUGCUAUGCUUUGGUUUGCAUUUUGCAGUGUUGUUUGUUGCCUUUCGAGUUUUGUGAUUUUGAUGUCUCGGUGAAUCUCACCGGUCGAAUCCUUGAUUUUACUUUGUUCCUCUUUUCUUUGUGAGAAAAUGAGCAAAACAAACCGGAGUCAUUUUUGACGUGACGUUUUAACGUGAUACUUUUCUUGCAGCCGAUCUCACAGGUUUGUUGUUUUUUUUUCUUUUUUGUGUUCAUCUCUCUCUGUCUUUCUUUUUUUUUCCCGAUCUCAUUAUACUUUUGCUGGUGUAUUUGCUGGAGUAUUUUUGGAUGGUGUUUUUUUUUUUUUUUCUUUUUUUUUUUUAACUAGAUGAUGCUGGGUGGACGAGGGGAGUUUUGAUUCUUGGGGGAGUUCAAUGCGUUUUUGUUUUCUGUGUCAACGAGGAUGAACAGACAUUUUCCCUUUUGCAGGAGGGCAACUGGAAGAGAAUGACUGGUAAAAUCCAGACGAGCAACGUGACCAACAAGAAUGACCCACGUUCCCUCAACUCCAGAGUCUUUAUUGGCAACCUCAACACAGCCAUUGUCAAGAAGACUGACAUAGAGGUCAUCUUCGCCAAGUACGGCAAAAUUGUGGGUUGUUCCGUACACAAGGGCUACGCCUUCGUGCAGUACGUGAAUGAGAGGAAUGCCCGGGCAGCUGUGGCAGGAGAAAAUACCCGUAUCAUCGCUGGACAGCCCCUUGACAUAAACAUGGCGGGUGAGCCCAAGCCAUACAGGCCUAAAGCGGGCAACAAGCGGCCGCUGUCAGCCGUUUACAGUGGAUAUGAAUUUGAUUAUGAGUACUACAGGGACGACUUCUACAGCAGGCUUUUUGACUACCAUGGCAGAGUGGCCCCCCCACCCAGAGCUGUGAUCCCCCUCAAACGCUCCAGGGUGCUCACUCCCUCCUCCCGCCGUGGGAAGACCUCCUUCCCCAUCAAAACAUCUUCCUCCUCCUCUUCUUCAUCCUCCAGACCCCCCACAUCCUCCUGUGGGCCCAAAUCAGUGAAGACGGACCAGCUUCAGACUAUUAAGCGGGAGCUGACUCAGAUUAAGAUGAAGAUCGACUCUUUACUGGGACGUCUGGAGAAGAUUGAGAAGCAGCAGAGAGUCGAAUCUGAGUCUCAGAGAAAGUAUGAGGACAACUGCGACUCCCUGCAUGAGGAGUCCGUGUCAGAGACGGCAGAAAACUCUGGGGAGGAAGCCGGGGACGGGGCGCUGGACGUGGAGGCGGGAGAGAUGACCGAUGGAGGCGAGGACGACUACGACGAGGAUGGCGGCCACCAUCUGAUAGAGAACCAUGUAUCAGAUAUUGACAACUGAGAUCAGGGUGAGCGAGUGGAAACCUCUGUAAGAAUUCAUCAUCACCUUCAGGAGACGGAACAAAGGGUCUCCGAGGGAUCAAGACACCCAUUUCUGGAUUAUAAAUUGUGUGUUCAGGAGAUGCUGAAUCACAUUUAGGUUCCCCAACUGUGCAGCACAAACCUGACUGUGAUUUGCUCUCCCCCAGAAAAUGUAUUCAAGAUCCAUUUUAAUGCAUUUGGCCUGAGUCGACCCACCUGGAUAUAUCUGUGCAACGUCUAUUUCAUUGCAAGAGGCUGACGGUAUCAUGUGAUAGAUCCUGGUCCUGAAAAACCACAAAACAAAAAAAAAAAAGAAGGACGUAAAUGGACUUAACUUGAACAUUGACGAUGUUAAUCAUUUUAUUGUUGCUUUUAUGAAAAUGUGUUUGCGCUGUAAUGUUUUAUUUCACUUUUUUUCCAGUGAAUUUCUGUUAUUGCUCAAGCAUCACAUGAAUAAACGACGGUCAGAACAACCAGA